AGACAUUAGUCGUUGCUGUCAUAUCCGAUCGGAAGUCUGAUGUGGGACUUCCUUGUUUUCUGAAGAAGAAUCAGACAUCAACAGUCGUCAGAUUUCUCUUCGCUAAAACAUCGUCGGAUACAAACACCUGAUUCGAGUUGAUUUCCGCCUGUGUGACACCGUGGUGUUCAGAGUAGAAACGCGGAAGCACAGUUAGCUUCAGGCUAACGUUAGCAGAGGGACCGCUGUGCUCUGGUGAUGUCCGCCUCAGCAGGAUGCUCUCCGGCGGGCCCGGGCUCAGGCCUCGGUCCCGGAAUGUCCAUGUUCCGCUGGCUGGAGGUACUGGAGAAGGAGUUUGACAAGGCCUUCGUGGACGUGGACCUGCUGCUGGGGGAGAUAGACCCGGAUCAGGUGGACAUUACCUACGAGGGCCGGCAGAAGAUGACCAACCUGAGCUCGUGCUUUGCUCAGCUGUGCCACAAAGCUCAGACGGUGUUUCAGCUCAACCAUAAACUAGAGGUAAGGCUGAUAUUUACUCAUUUUUCAGAGUGGAAAUUGAGCUACAGAGUUCAGACGGUGAUCCAAAUUCACCUGAUUCAGUAGGUCACACAAUCCCUCAGACUAGAGUUCAGGUUCUGAUGUAGAUGGUUUUACAUUUGGUUUUUCUUUAAUAUGGUGCAGCUCCUGAUAUCUUAAGUUCAACAACAGUAUAACUAUUGUCAUUACGCCUUUAUAACUAAUUGUAAUAAGUCUUUAUUGAAGCCUUUGACCAGUGUAAAUAACACCUAUCUGCCAUGUUGGCAGGUGACCUGAAAUUCCCUCCCUCCCCCUGUAUCUGGCACCAGCUAAUUACAUUCCUCUGUGUGUGUGUGUGUGUGUGUGUGUGUGUGUGUGUGUGUGUGUGUGUGUGUGUGUGUGUGUGUGUGUUGUGAAACAGACAGAAACAGGCAGUGUUGUGUGUACAUGGUGUACUAAAGUAAAGGAGACUAUCAGGGACGAGAGUGACAAUUUCCAUGUUGUAAUUUUUGAUAAUUUAUGUGUGGGGGUAGGUACACUGAAGAAACAGCCUUUUUACUUUUUCCACAGUGAGUAAGUAUAGUGAGUGAAACAUUUCGCUGUAAUAUUGGGUUUUUUUUGUCAAGUGACACCACCUUACCAGGUUAAAAACAAAAUCAGAACUAGAUUAAAGGAAUAUUCCAGCGUAAAAUUAACAAUUUAGGGUCAAACACAGCGAGUUAGACACCCUGUCGAGAGAUGAAUGUUGCUGACUGCUUGCUUUUCUAGUUAUACCAACUUUAUUGAUGACCGCACGAUAGCAAUACACAGCGGUCUACGUCUCCACACACAAACCUCAACCAAACAUCUUUUUAACUUUGCCUAAUUUCUUUAGCAAAGAGACUAAACACAACUCACCUACUCUCUUCCAGCAGCCGCUUGUUUGUAGCGAGACCUCUAGGCCAGUCUUUUAUGGGCUGCUGCGGGGUGACGCAGCUCAAGGAAGAACAUUUAUGAUCAUUUCUUCAUGGAAAUGCAAUCAGACCAAGACGCUAAGGCAGAAGAACUAAUGAUUAAUAUGAUGAUUAUUACUUCAAGGAAAUGAUAAAGUAAUGAUCAUAAGAGUUCUUCCUUGAGCUGUGUCACCCCGCUGCGGUCGAUGGACUCGCCCAGAGGUCUCCAUACAAACAAGCGGCUGCUGGAAGAGAGUGGGUGAGUUGUGUUUAGUCUCUUUGGGAAAGAAAUCAGGCAAAGUUAAAAAGAUGUUUGGUGGUAAGUGCUGUGGCGAGGGCCCUAUAUGUACUGUUGAUGAAGUUAGGUGCUGUUCUGAGCAUUAUUUGUGGCUAUAGAGUGGCAUUUUGGUUGCGUGCUUGGCUCUGUGUAUUGCUAUCGUGCGGUCGUUACUAAUGUUGGUAUAACUAGAGAAGCAAGCGGUCUGCAACAUUCAUCUCUCGACGGUAUGUGUCUAACUCAGUGUUACGUAGUGUUUGAUCCUGACUUAAUUUUAUGCUGGAAUAUCCCUUUAAUGGUUACCUAUUUGUCUACAAGUAAAUACUUCCUUUCCUUAAACCUACUUAUGUUACUUUCUGCGAGGCUGAAUGACUUUCAUAUUGCAAGUGAGGCGUAACACAGGAGUAUAAAUCCCCCCUUGACAUGGCGGUGAGUGAGAGCCAACAGAUAACAGCAACAAAAGCCACAAACCAACAGAACAGGAAAUUCUUUUGUUCCUGUAAAGAUACCUGCGUGACAACAUUUUUCAGGACACGAUGGUCUCACAUUAGCAUCAUAUCGACUUCAUUUACAUGCCCAGAGUAGUUUGAGUUGUCAAAAACCAACAUUGUGUUCUCUCCCACUUUACAUCUCAGGCUCAGCUUGUGGACCUGCGCUCAGAGCUGACCGACGCCAAGGCUGAGCGGGCGGUGCUGGAGCGCGAGGUGCAUGACCAGCUCCUGCAGCUUCACGCUCUGCAGUUGCAGCUCCACGCCAAGCAGGGCCAGGAUGAGGACUCAGAUUCCAUCAAAGACAAACUGGUAGGAGGAUGAGACUGUGUCCACGACCUUCAGCUGAAAAUAUUCGAGGAGAUCAGUUUUAUUGAGGCUGUAAAGAAACAGGAUGUAAAGCAGUAAAGCUUUACAGUUAUGUUUUUUAUAAUGUCCGGGGAAACGUAUGAGUACACUCCAAUAGGUGUACUUGAAAGUUUGUGCAAGUUUGUCUGGUAAAGGUUUCCAAUUUUUAUUUUCUUCUUAUCUGAUUUGCUUUUUAUGUCAAAUUACGGUAAAGUUUGAUUGGAAAAUAUUGAUCCAAGCUUCACAUCUGCAAAUACCUGUCAGCUCUAAAUGGCUCUACAUGUCAGAGGGUCAUAUUAUGUACUUUAUUUAGUGACAGCGUACACUUAACAUCAGUCAGACUUUUAAUGAAAUAAAGAUCUAUAGAGUAACUGGAGUAACUGACAGUUUAAACCUUCAGAAAACAUUUAAAUUGAAAUCAAAACAUGCAAUCAAAAAUCCAAAUUCAAGCCCCAGUUUUGCCUUUUUCGUGUCAUUUAAGAUGGAUGGCUCACUUUUAGUGUCUUGUAUGGUUACUAUAGCAACAUGGCAAGAGUUUGCCUCACUGUUGAGUAGUGGGAGACGAGGAUGGACAGGAAAAAAGAAGGAGAGGAAACAAUGAAGCCUUGUGGGAGAAAUAUUUUACAGUGAGGAUCUGAAGACGUGAAUGGAACCCAUCACUCAGGGCAGCUCUAUCUUAAGACUGUAAAUCUGACUGUUAUGGCCUAAAUACUCACAUUGGAUUGCUAAUAAUUUCUCCUUUUUUAUGUAGAUUUUGUAUCAAUUUUUUAUUCAUAUUAAUGUGUAUUUUCAAGGCACUGCUGUCACUGCAUUUUCCUCCGAUUGUCAGAAUAAGAUCGACACAAAGCGGUAACGUGAGCCAGUAAUAGGAAGAGUGUAUGCUGCUGCAGCUUUACUUUAUUUUCUGCUGCUCUCUGACUGGUUCCCCUGCUUUAUUGACCCUCAUCUUUCAGUGCUAAUGUUUUACUCUGCAUUAUAUCUGCUCUUUUUUUUUUUUGCUCACUAACUCUGACCCCUUUUUUAAAAUCUCUGACUUCUUUCUCUUUUCUUCCUCUGCUCCUCUUUCUCUAAGCCUGAACCAACUAUGGAUCAGAUGGUAAGUGUGUGUGCUUUGUGUUGGCAAGUGUGUGCAUGUGUAUGUAGGGAGUUGCACAAAAUCUUUUUGUGGUUAAAUAUAGUUUGUGUAGCUGCACCUAACAAAAACAGUGCGCUAACAGGCUGCUGUAGAAAGGUCUGUUUUUCUGCAGACUGACACCAGGCAUUCAAUCCAAGAGUCACACUCUCACGAUACUCAACCAUUUACUUUUAUUUUAUUUCUGUGAUGCUCUCAUAAACCUGAAAGGACAAAGUUUUAACUCAACUAAGAAAAUAUCUCCAGAUAAUUACAAAAAGAUUCAGUUUAAGGAGGAAAAAAGCUUCAAAGCUUAAAAUCCAGACUUGCUGACCUCAUUCCACGGUGGUGGCGAUGGAGCUGCUAACAUGUAGGGCGUACAACUGUUGGAGCAGAUCUGUAGAGCUUGACUGUGACUAUGAAAAGACGUGUCAAACAAACAGGGCAGCCCAUGACUUUACUUCUAUGUAAGAAUAAGGAAGCAGGAUGAAAAGGCAUCAUGAAGAGCUUAGAAAUGAUCGCUUUCAGUGCGAUAACUCAGACCUUGGUCAAUUUUUUAAAGGGAUUAUGUCCCUAAAAAAACCUCUUAAAACAAUAAUCCAUCUGUUUACAGAACAGCUUAUUCUGUGCUGGACUCACACACAAAAACUUCUCAAUAUCUCGUUAUUAAAGCUUUUGUAAACCCAAAUCCACAACAGCCUUUUAAUUAUGAAACUAAGCGCUUUAUGAAAUAAUACAAAACAUCUGAAAAGUCUGAAAUAUUAGAUCUGAUCCGACCUCAACAUUUCCUCAGAUUUUGAGAUGUUUACACUCUUUGGGUCCGUAAUUAGUUUGCAAAUGAGGUCAAGUCUCCAGAAAGGUUAUUCCCUUGUGAAUAUCAGCUGUUUAAAGCCAAAGUUUGUGUCCUCUGUUAGACAAGAGCAGCAGCAGGUAUCUGAUUAAAUUUAAUAAAUGGCUUGAGAGACAGAAACUAUUAAUUUUUGAUCUUGUUUUAUGUAAUAUGUAAUUAUUGAAGGAGAUAUUUAUGUUAGGUCAUUUAUAUGUGUUAAAAUACCCAGAAUAUACAGUAUGUUGGGUAUAUAGCUUGGCUUUUGCUUUGCGUGAGCACUUCAGGGAUUGCAGUUUUUUUCAAUUCCUCAUUGACUCUGUUGUUCAGCACUUCUUGCUAGACACACCCUGAAGAAACAGGAUGUGUCUAAUAUCACCCACUGCUCACCAUAUAAUUUAACCAAGUGGUUUUUAGUGGAAUUCUUACUGCAAUUUUUUUUUUCCUAUCAUUCAUGGCGAGAAUGUGCACAUUUACUGGACUGAACUAUCACAUGUUAUCACCCUUAGUAGCUAGCACUGGAAUUAUGAGUCAGUUAAUAUAUGACCAGCAUUUCACAGCUACUAGAUUAAAAGUAUUAAUCACAUUUUGUCUAGGCUGUAAUGCAGCUGUGGCUGACUGCUACUGUCGAUAGAAACAGGCACAGAUGGAAUCUUGCAGCUAGAAAGCCUGGUUGUGGUUAGGUAGAAUUUUGAUUGAGAAAAUAAUGAUCUAAGAAUCUCAAAACCAACGCAGACAUGUUGACAUUAACCUGUAGAGAGGACGGAGGUGCUAGCUCUGCUAAUGGUAGCCACUCUAGCCAAUCUUAUUUGACAUUAUUUACUCACAGACUGUCCGAUCCUGUGUUUGAUUAUGUUAUGUUGACAGCUGAUGGCAACCCAAGACUAUAAUUCAGUAAGCAGAGGAAAAAUAAACAAGCAGCGCUGUAAAAUGUAUUUUCAUUAUUUCAUUAAGAGGAUUGCAUUUUACAUUGAUUAAUUUAGCAAAACUACAAUCCUGAUAAUGUUGGCUCUUACUGAAAGUUAUGCUGAUAUUUAAUGUAGAUACCAGCCAGUGUUGAUCUGCAUGUUAAACGUGUUUGAAAGCCAUGAUGUUACUAUCUGUAUUAGGGAUGCAUCGAUUUGAUAUUUGGAUCGGAUAUUGGCUCUGAAUUUGACAAGUUAACUGGAUCGGAUAUCUGAUGAAUGACGCUGAUCCAGCGUUCAGAUCCAGUCUUUUUUUUUCUUUUAAUUCAUGGAAGUCUUACUUCUUUUUGCUGUGUGCUAAUGUGCAAUUUGUUAUUUUUUUGAUAAAUAAUAUAAAGUAAAUUUGUAUCUGUGUUAAUUUGUUACCUUUUUUUAACAAGGCUAAUCUCAAGCCUGAUGCCUUCACUCACUGGGCAAGGUAUACAGUUCAUUCAUUCAACAGAAGUAUUGGAUCGGAUAUCGACCGAUACGUUCAGCCCAGGUAUUGGUAUUUGUAUUGGAUCAGAAAAACAUGGAUCAGUGCAUCUCUAAUCUGUGUCCUGGAAUACUCUUAGUCAUGUUCAGUAAUGUUUUCAUGGUGUUGACGAGCUCUCGGUUUAGACCUCCAUGAGGAACUCCUUGAGUCAAGAGCAGGAAGGAGUGAACAAAUAUUUGAUUAUUAUAAUGUGCAAGCGUUUUUUACUCUUUCUUUUCAUUUAACUGCUCUUGGUUUUUGUUAAAGUUUUUUUCUGGCCAGUUCACAUAGCAGCUUAUUUGAUCAGCUCAAUCACAAGGAUUAACUUUAGAGACAUAUAAAAUCCAAAUGGAGGUAAAAAAAACUGUGUCUGAUGAACAACAUCAAUACAUCAUUUACUAUUUUGGGUUUAUUUUGCUCUAUUGUCCUUAAAUGUAAGUGUGUGUAUGCAUGUCAAAGAUCAUUGCAUGUAGAUGUAUUGUGGUGAGUUUGCAUUUUAUUUGAUAUUUCAUUGUUUUGAGUUCAAGAUCAGUGAUUGUGAAAUACAUCCGUAAAAGUACACCCCCUAUUUUUUAGAUUUGUGCAAAAGAGCAGCAGAAUAUUCUUUGUUGAAGAAAAGGUGACUUAGUUUUAUUCAGAGCUGCUUUAAUACAGAUAUUAAUGAUAAAGGCGUUCAGCUAAUUUUCUUCAGUGUGUCGUUGUCAGUGCUGCCUUGUGUUCACAUGUGUUGUGUCUCAUCCAGGAACAGGAACUGGAGGGCAGCAAGAAGAAGAAGUUAGCCGAGGCGCGUCUGGAGGCAGAAGUGAGGCUGUACAGGAAAGAAAAUGAGGCCCUCCGCAGGCACAUGGCGGUGCUGCAGGCUGAGGUUUAUGGGGCCAGGCUGGCAGCCAAAUACUUGGACAAGGAGCUGGCCGGCAGGUGAGGAGGCGGUUCAUGUUUACCCGUUCGACUUAAAGUUUCACAGGUAAAUUGUGGCAAUUCUGUAAAUUCUGUGUCUCAGGGUGCAGCAGAUCCAGCUGCUGGGUCGGGACAUGAAGGGACCAGCUCAUGACAAAUUGUGGAACCAGCUAGAGGCCGAGAUCCACCUGCACCGCCACAAGACCGUCAUCAGGGCGUGUCGAGGACGCAAUGACCCAAAGAAACCUCUGCCUUCCCCUGUGGGACACGUGAGUGUUUAUAACCUCACAGCAGGUCAACCGAUUUAAACCUUUAAUCCUGCGUCUUUCAUUUAAACGUAUUUAAACAUCCCUGCAGGAUCCAGAUAUGCUGAAGAAGACGCAGGGAGUCGGCCCCAUCAGGAAAGUGGCUCUGGUCAAAGAGGACCAUGAGGGGCUGGGAAUCUCUAUCACAGUGAGAACCCAUUACCUUACAGUGUUUGUGUCUGGUCCUGAAAGUUCCCUGUCAUAUUACCCAGAGAUCUCGACGUCGUGUUUUGGUGCAAAUCCUCCCAUUUCUGCAGCAGGAAAUAAACACCACCUCUUUUUAAGAACAGUAUCAGGGAUUUUUAAUCUUUGCGUUGUAAAAUCUGUUUCAGGAUGAUGUUUUGUGCUUUUUGGUCUUGAAGUAAAACCUGGUUGACUCUCAUCUCUCCUCAUCAGGGAGGAAAGGAGCACGGCGUUCCCAUCCUAAUCUCAGAGAUCCACCCCAGUCAGCCUGCGGACAGGUGUGGCGGUCUGCAUGUAGGUGACGCCAUCCUCGCCGUCAACAGCAUCAACCUGCGAGACGCCAAACACAAGGAGGCCGUGACUAUCCUGUCUCAGCAGGUAACAGCAGCCAAAGCGACACACUCGAACCUACACGCACCGAUCCCUCUCAGUGCUCACCGAGUGAGUGUGUCUCUGUGUUUGUGUUUGUUUCUGUGUGUCAGCGGGGGCAGAUUGAGUUUGAGGUGGUGUACGUGGCCCCCGAGGUGGACAGCGAUGAUGAGAACGUGGAGUAUGAAGACGACAGUGGACACCACUAUAGACUGUACCUGGAUGAAUUGGAUGACAGCAGCACAGCGCCCCCCAGCAGCAACAACUCAGCAUCACUGCAAGGUGAGUUUAUGCAGUUUUCAGAGCUGACUUUUUGAGGGUUGGGAUAAAUUCACAGACACAGACGCUGCAUAUUUACGUCUUCAGAGGAAGAUUACUAUCAGGCAUCUUCCAACUUCACGUAACUGUAAUUUCUUAAAGAAAUCAGCAACAUUAAUAAUGCAAAAAGGAUGAACUCACAAUUCAAAUAUAUGGUUCCCAAACAUGAGAUGACAAUGCUCACUAAUUUCACGCUCGGGUUACAAAAUUUGGAUAUUUUUCUCCAUCAUGGCACUGUUGCCUUACAAUUUUUUAUGUAUAAUACUUUUAAAACAUAUUAUUUUAUCCGACAAAAAUGUGUCAAAUCUUAAACUUUGUCCAUAUUUUUGCUCUUUUAGUUGUGCGACUGUUAGGGCUGGGCGGUAUGGGGAAAAAGUUUAUCACAAUGUUGUAAGGCGUUACGCUAGAGAAAGUAGACUGAAUGGUCGGCUGUUUCGGAUUGAGAAUUUUUUCUCUGCCUUGAGUACUUGUUUAUAAGCUCAAAUCGUCAAAACCGUUUGGGUCCAAUUGAUAGAAUAUUCGGUAGAAUACUCGAUUACUAAAAUAUUCGAUAGCUGCAGCUCUACUAUUUGUAUAGUCUACCAAAACAUGGCAGAAUGCCGACUAUCAAAAAGCAUAUUAACCAUGUUUUAUAUUGAUAUUGAGGGAAAUUAGUGUUCGAUAUAUAUAAUUGUCGUUUUAUCGCCCAGCCCUAGAGGCUAUUUAUUAAAGUUCCCUGCAAAUGUGCACAAUACCGCAGAGCAGAGGGGAAUCAGGCCUAAAAUCGUUUAUUGUGAGGCCAACCUUGUAAUGAAACCCCUCCAGUCCCUCUCCUCUUAUCACUUCUAUAUUUAUCUAGAUCAGUGGUUCUCAAGUCCAGUCCUUGAGCCCCCUGUCCUGCAUGUUUUGGAUGUUUCCCUGCUCCAACACACCUGAUUCAAAUAAUCAGCUCGUUAUCAAGCUCUGUAAUGGCUUAAUAACGAGCUGAUUAUUUGAAUCAGGUGUGUUGGAGCAGGACAGUGGGCCUCCAGGACUGGCCUUGAGAACCACUGCUUUAGAGGAGCAAGAAAAAGAAAACAGGAAAAAAAAAAGGAAAACUCCAAACUCAUAAUUCACUCCAGUAACAUGUUGCCAGGAUGAAACAGCCAAAAUUAGCGGUUUUACUUCCUAAAAGUUCCAGUUUAAUGAACAUUUGUUCCCCAACAUUUAUAGAAUAUUAUAGGACCUGUCGAGCUGCUGUUUCAAAUAAGCAUGGACUAUAAUAUCUCUAAGGUAAUAAUUCAUCCUCCUGUAUCUGACUGUCUGUUCUUGUUUGUCUGCAGCUCUGGAGAAAAUGUCGCUGAGUAACGGAGCAGAGAACGGAGGAGACACGGGGAUCUCCAGUGAGACGCCUUCAGAGGAAACUCCUUCGAAGCCUCCUGAGAGCAACGGCUCCUCCUAGAGGCCGAGCCAGGAAACUGCAGAUUUCACAUGAGGAUUGCGGGGAAAUCACCGUUGGAGAACUGAAUCAGUGGAUGAAAUGAAAAGCAGAAGGAUGAGGGAGAAGAAAACAAAAAGUCAUUUUCUCUUUUUCCUCCUGGCGUUCUGGGUGUGGUGGGGAGGGGGGGGGGGGUUAAUCUGGGUUCGUGGCAAUGAUCCAGGGUGAAAUAUGACACUUUGGAAGAGAUGUAAGAUACGUACAGGAGGAGUUGCCAAGCAAAAGGGGACUUUUUGGGGUCUUUUACUUAUAAAUGAAUGCGCUGUUACAAAUCAGCUGUUUAUCAGGAACAGAGGGAGAGGUAAAACAUAGCUUAGAAUAUCUUCAGGUGUCAUUUUUAGAAAGUUUAGACUGUUUAAUCUUCCUCCUGCUCAACAACACUAGAACUACACUUUAUCAUCCUAGUUCAAGGAAACACAGAAUAUUUAUUGACUGAUUUGCAAAGGAAAGUUUAUCUUUUCAAAUCUUUGCAGACAUAAUUAUCACCGUAAGUGAAAGCAAAGGCCUUUUGAGCCUUUUCAUGUUUUAUUCUAAAAUAUAUAUAUAUAUCUCCUGUCGCCACCAAAAGAUGUGGAUUUUGGAUCCAGGGUUAUAAAUAAGUUACUGAACACUGGAAGCUGGAGAUCCAUUCAGACUGAAACGGACGCCAAUCUUUUGUGCAGCAUGAUCAUAUACCAAGUUAACCCAAAGACACACAUGAGGAAGAGUCUCAAGAAUUCAUCAUGCAGGUUUGCUCUUUAGCAUCACUGUUAUUUAAGAGUUAGUGUUAGCAUAGCAGCCCUAAGAGCAUGAGACAAAAGUAUUUUUCUCGUCCACUUGCAGACAGACCUAACGAUAAACAAAUCCAGACUUCUUGCAGAUCUGUAUUAUAAUGUAGUUGAUUAUCUCAAUCUGUUAAUUGAGAUCAAAUCACAGUAAAAUCUGUUCAAUUUUGAGCUCAUAGCAAAGUAGUGAAACAGACUUCAACCAACUUAAGCGUGACUUGCUUUUAACAAUGAAACUGAGACUCAGGAGAGAUGGUUGGACGGGCGCCUCACAGCUGAAACUGAACGCUGGAAGUAGUUUGUGAAAUCCCUGGCACUUAGCUAACUGGUCAUCAAACUGGGUUUGAGGAGCUGGAAGCAUCAGACACAGUUCAAGGAAGAGGAGGGGGGAUUGACUCAGCUGUGCAAGAGUGUAGUCGUGAUGGAAGUUGGUUUCCCGGCAUUUCUUGGAGGCAAGCAGGGUGUGUUUCAUGAGCAAGUAAAACACAAAUGUCUUUGUGAUAAACUUGCUAAUAUGGGCCACAUAUCAUUUGAAAUGGGUGUGAAAAAUUACAUCUGGGUCUGAAGUUUUCUCUAUCUUAGUAUUACUGUUUUUUCCCGGCAAUGGAACAAUGACAUUUGUUAAAAAGGGUUUCUAAUUAUCUGUGUCAGUGGGUUUGCAUUCAGUUCAGAGUACUUUUGUAGUCCAAGUGGUCCAGACCAGUCAGGUGUCUGCAGGAAAAACAGUCUGUAUGGAGAGCAAAAGCAGGCAGAACACAAUCCACCAUAAUGACAGUAUGACUCACACCAACAGUGACCUGAUUUGUUUAUCUUUUACCAGCAGAUAUCUGCAUGCAGGAGCAUCUUACAAUCUGUUUGAGUUCGAACAUCUACACCUUAGACACAAAUCUGCUCGACACUGUAGUGCAGGAACCAAUCAGUGUUUAGAUUUCAUGACUUCAUGGAAUGCAUUAGAAAUAUUCACUCUGACCUUUAAACAAACAUUGUCAAAGCCUGAUUUUAUACUUUUUACAAAUCUUCAUCAUGAGGCUAUUCCAGAUAACGAAUGAUCUGUCAUCAAUACACAAUCAAUACACAACUGGUUUCUGUUUUUGUUUAAGCCUCUGUAUAACUUAAUAUUCACGGUGAAACUGAGACUCAGCUGAAAGGAUGAAUGGGCGCUCCUGUUUGGGUUGUAAUGAACCAAGUAAUGACAGCGUUAACUUUGCAAACAUGUUGUGAGGGUUGAAUUUGACUUCACUUCUGAUCUGAACAAAUAGCCUCUUAAGUUGAAAGUCUUGGCUGGAAGUGAGUUAUAGCUACACCAGAAUGUCUGAAAAGUUGGUCAUUAUUUCCUGAGACAGAUUUUAGUAUCAGACAAAAGCCAAGGGUCCAGAGAUUGACUAUUUCUAACAGCAGUUCCCCUUUGAAAACAGUAGCUGUGUAAUUAAAAUCCCUUCCCAAAAUCCAAAGUUAUAGCAGCUGGCAUUAUAAAUGUUUGACAAACAGCCUCUUAAAUCAUAACUGGCGAUCGUAUCAAGUCAGAAAUCUCUUUAGAAGCAGCUUUUAGCAGAACAAUCACUCAAAAGAGAAAAAAAAAAUGCUGUUAAAUCAUCUCAGUCUGAAGAAGACAAAUGUUUCCGUCCGGCAGAACAUUUUAAACUCCUUUUGAAAAGCUUGUAACAACUUUUGAAAGAUCAAAUCUUUGAGGACAAUGUAGUUAAUGCGUGAGUGUUCCUGACCUUUGACCCCUGACCUGGUGUUGUACCUACUCUUGCCUCACCUUUAACCUGCUCCUUCACUAACAUGAACUCUGUCUCGGCGUGUGUGAAGCACAGGACAGCACAGUAACAACUGUAUGAAAUACUCAAUCAUUGUUAAUAAGGGGCUUUUUCUUUGCCGUGUAUCGCUGUACUUUUCUUGUUUUUCUUAUCGUGUGACAUCCUGUUGUAUCUUGUAUUUAGUCAGGAACUCGUCACAGUAAAAUGCAGUCACAGGUUUUUCUCUUCUCUGAUUGGACGGUUUGAUCCUCUGACAGAAUAUAGGACAUCCAGCUUACUGUCUGUUUCAGCACUGCCUCCUGUCAGUGCUCACACCCAAAGGAACUGAAGUUACUGAAACCUUUUUAGCGUCACAUGACCAUUUCUUCUCUUGCUUUUUGUUAUUCUGUUUUUUCGGCACUUUCUGUCUCUUCACACAUAAAUGUGCGUCGGAUCAUGCAUUAAUGUAAAAAAAUUAUUUAGCCUUUAAAUAAAGUUUGGUUCCAGUUUGUUUUGUCUGUAACAUAUAUAUAA